CGGACGAGAGGACAAAGGCGAGGUGGUGGCGUUUGCUGCGCGCGCUGGGACAGAUGCUGGAAAGGAAGAACGUAGCAAGUGUAGUUACUGCCACAAAGCCGGACAUGAGAUUGAAAAUUGCUUCCGCCGAACCGGCAUCUACCCGGAAUGGUGGCAUGAAAAUCCAGGUCGAGCCCGCGGAGGAAGAGCUCGUGGAGGACAGAGUCGCGGAGUACCGAACCAUGGCGGAGGCUCGGGACGUGGAGGAACCGGACGAGGGACUGGUCGCGGAGGUGCGCAGGUAAUGCAUGUGGGUGAAUUCCAGCCUGAGGUUCAUCCAGAGCAAGGAAACGAGGCAGCACACAGGCCAGGUUUUACCGAUGCUCAAUGGCAGACCUUCCUCAAGAUGUUGGAAACUUGUAAGAUGACGGCGUCGGAAGAAAAAUUAUCAGGACCUACCUACGAGGAUGCCGAUUGGAGUGGGUGAAUGACGAGGGGAAGUUUAUUAUUUCCGGGAUCUGGCACAGGCAAAUGCGGUGAGCAGUUUGGAUUUGGGAAAUUUGUGGCAUUCGAGGUUGGGACACCCAUCGAUAAAAAUAUUACGUUUAUCUGGUUGUUUAAAUAAAACGUUGUUGA